GUAUAAAACAGUAUAGAAAAAAUUAAGUAUGGCGUUAAUCCUAUCAGCUGAUAUCGUCUGCUGGAAUAACGAAUUGUAGUUAUUAAUUAGUUGUACAGUGCACCCUUAAGUUGUAAACAUAUGUUUUUAUUCCAUGGCUAUUCUCAUAAAGUUUGUAAUGGCGAAAAUACUUGCUAAACACGAAUUCGAUCGUUUGCGUCAUUGACAGGUGGGACAAGAAUGUGGGGAGGUAGAUAGGGAUUAUCUGUGCAAGCAAGUUUUUAAACAAUCGAGUGGUAAAAGAGUCUGCCAAAUAACUAGCAGAUUCGGUUGUAAUGAGCGACUCAGAACAGCGGCAAUUACACGUGCCUUAUCGAGAAUAUCAUAGUCAGAACAAUACUAAUACUUCUGUCUUAGUGGAAACUGAUGCUUUGGUAGAUCUGUCAAUCACAUCUAACAAUUGUUUACCAGUAAACGAGUGUUCAGAUUUAAUACCGGACGUUGAAUUUGUUCCCAACUUGAGUAACGAACAAACUAUAGCCAUUGAUUCCCCUGGGAUUGACCGGGAGAGCCAGCCUCUCCUUGGUCGAUUAGAGCUUGAUGUCACUUUUAAUCGUUUUCCUGAUGAUCCACAAUUUUCUGAGUUAGUAUGGCAAGCUGAAUUUGCAAUAGAUAAUGGAAUCUUUCCUGAGAGAAUAUAUCAAGGUUCUAGUGGCAGUUAUUUUGUAAAAAAUCCCGCAAGGAAAAUAAUAGGCGUUUUUAAGCCAAAAGAUGAAGAACCUUAUGGAAGGUUAAAUCCAAAAUGGACAAAAUGGAUGCACAAGCUCUGCUGUCCUUGCUGUUUUGGGAGAAGUUGUUUAAUUCCAAAUCAAGGAUACCUAAGCGAGGCAGGGGCGAGUUUAGUUGACCGUAAAUUAGGUCUGGGCAUAGUUCCAAAUACUAGAGUAGUCAAACUUGUCAGUAAAACAUUUAACUACCCACGCUUAGACCGUCAAAAAGCCCGUAUGAAGCAAGCUAUCAUGGACCAGUUUCCUACAGUAGGCUCUCACUUCAAUCGUAUUGGCUUGCCGCCGAAAGUUGGUUCUUUUCAAAUUUUUGUAGAUGGUUAUAAGGAUGCCGAUUAUUGGUUAAGACGGUGGGAAAACGAACCUUUAUCACCACGUCUUAGUAGAGAAUUUCAACUUCAGUUCGAACGCUUAGUUAUUUUGGACUAUAUAAUUAGAAAUACUGACAGAGGUAACGAUAAUUGGUUAAUUAAAUAUGAUAAUAGUAAGGGAAAAAAUGGAUCAGAACAGGGUGAAGUAAAAAUAGCCGCUAUAGAUAAUGGUUUGGCUUUUCCUUUCAAACAUCCUGAUUCCUGGCGAGCUUAUCCUUAUCACUGGGCAUGGUUAAGUCAAGCGAAACAACCAUUUAGUGAUGUAACACGAGAGCUUGUAUUACCACAACUCUCGGAUCAAAAUUUUGUACAAGAUCUUUGUGACGAUUUAUAUCAAUUGUUCAAACAAGACAAAGGUUUUGAUCGACACCAUUUUGAUAAACAAAUGAGUGUAAUGCGCGGUCAGAUUUUAAAUUUACAACAAGCUUUAAAGGAUGCCAAAAGCCCUGUGCAAUUGGUUCAAAUGCCUGCUGUGAUCGUUGAAAAAGCCAAGGGAAACGGAGCACCAAGACUAUUUUCAUUCUCUGAUACAUUUACACAGCGCUUCCAGAAUAAAAGCCCUUUUUUUUCUUGGUGUUAAAAAAAAGCUUUCUUGUUGAAUGUUUAAAAAACGGCAUUAGUUUUGUGUGUUGACUGAAAAGAACAAUUCAAUGCAUUACAGUUGUCACAUCUUAUUAUUUGUGCUGUCUUAAUUUUAUUACGCAUUACUACCUCCUUUUUUCAACGCUAGUUUCUAAUCAACAAUCUGCAGAGAUUUAUUGACAAUUACAUUUAAUUUAUCUUAUGUCUAUACCAUUUUCUUUUAAUUUGACUAUAUUAAUUCGAACCAUAGUAUAAUUAUACUGUAUACAGUAAAUAUAUAUAAUGUUAACAUAAUAUUUUUCGAUAUGCUUCGUAAUGUAAAAAUGUAAGGAAAAUGAUAAAACGAAUGUAGGUAAUGUUUCACGAUUAUGCAUACAAAUGACAUCCCCUUAAAACAAAACGUGAUCAAUUACACGUAAUCGCAUUGUAUAUUUUCUAUGUCUUCCAUGUAUUACUGUCUUGAAAACAUCGAUUUACAUGCAUUUUCGCUAGAUACUAUCGAGAAGGAACAUCUGUCUAAUCUUAAAAAUUAACUGUGAUCUAAAAUAGUAAAAAGACAUUCUUAUUCUCUAAAAUAAACAUUUUACGUAUUCA